AUGGGAAAGCUUGUGUGGAAAUCCACACCACCACCACUUCUUUUCACCAUCAACCUUCCAAGAAGACCUUCAUCUUCCGUGUUGAUUCUCAAUCCAAGCCCUCCAUUUUCCCACACCGUUUUCCAUGGCUUCUCUGCGGUCCUCACGGACGACCAGGUUGCAUCCAUAAGCCAACACCCCUCGGUUCUCGCUGUAUUCGAGGAUCGCCGCCGCCAACUCCACACCACUCGCUCCCCCCAGUUCCUUGGCCUCCGCAACCAGCGUGGCCUCUGGUCAGAGUCCGAUUAUGGCUCCGACGUCAUCAUCGGAGUAUUUGAUACCGGUGUAUGGCCGGAGCGACGGAGCUUCUCCGACUUGAACCUUGGUCCCAUCCCUAGCCGAUGGAAAGGUGUCUGUGAAAGGGGAGCGAGAUUCUCGCCCAGAAGCUGCAACAAGAAGCUCAUCGGAGCAAGGUACUUCUCCAAAGGACACGAAGCUGGUGCUAGUUCUGGUCCGUUGAAUCCAAUCAACGAAACAAUCGAAUUCCGUUCACCUCGCGACGCUGAUGGCCACGGAACUCACACAGCUUCCACCGCCGCUGGUAGAUACGCUUUCCAGGCUAACAUGUCCGGUUACGCUUCAGGAAUCGCGAAAGGCGUGGCUCCGAAAGCGCGAUUGGCGGUUUACAAGGUUUGCUGGAAAAAUGCUGGUUGCUUUGAUUCUGAUAUCCUUGCCGCCUUCGAUGCCGCCGUCAACGAUGGCGUUGAUGUGAUUUCUAUUUCCAUCGGCGGCGGUGACGGUAUUGCCUCCCCUUACUACCUUGAUCCAAUUGCAAUUGGUUCAUACGGCGCCGUUUCCAGGGGAGUUUUUGUGUCCUCAUCCGCCGGUAACGACGGACCUAGUGGAAUGUCAGUGACGAACCUUGCUCCGUGGCUGACGACAGUGGGAGCUGGCACAAUCGAUCGCGAUUUCCCCUCCGAGGUGAUUCUCGGAAACGGAAAGACACUGUCCGGAGUAUCGCUAUAUGCCGGAGCUCCACUGAGGGGGAAAAUGUACCAAUUAGUGUACCCUGGGAAAUCUGGUGUUCUAUCUGAUUCACUCUGCAUGGAGAAUUCACUGGAUCCGAGACUAGUGAGAGGCAAAAUCGUGGUUUGCGAUCGGGGAAGUAGCCCUAGGGUUGCCAAGGGUUUGGUGGUGAAGAAAGCCGGUGGAGUUGGAAUGAUCCUGGCAAACGGAAUCUCCAACGGUGAGGGCCUCGUCGGCGACGCUCACCUAAUUCCGACGUGCGCCGUGGGCGCAGAUGAAGGCGACAUAAUCAAAUCCUACAUCUCAUCUACCGCAAAUCCUACUGCAACUCUCGAAUUCAAAGGAACGAUCCUCGGAAUCAAACCGGCACCGGUUCUGGCAUCGUUCUCUGCAAGAGGACCUAACGGCUUGAACCCUGAGAUUCUCAAACCAGAUUUGAUUGCUCCUGGUGUCAACAUCCUCGCGGCUUGGACCGAUGCUGUUGGACCUACAGGUCUCGAUUCAGAUUCGAGGAGAACCGAAUUCAAAAUACUUUCUGGAACUUCAAUGGCUGCUCCUCACGUGAGUGGCGCCGCCGCGUUGCUGAAAUCAGCGCAUCCUGAUUGGAGUCCCGCCGCUAUAAGAUCCGCCAUGAUGACCACCGCCACCAUACUUGACAACAGAAACCAGCCUAUGAUCGAUGAAGCCACCGGAAACGCUUCCACGCCCUACGAUUUCGGUGCUGGACAUUUGAAUUUAGGUCUUGCAAUGGAUCCUGGCUUGGUUUACGAUAUCACCAACAAUGAUUAUGUUGAUUUCCUAUGUGCGAUUGGUUAUGGUCCAAAGGUGAUUCAAGUGAUUACUCGAUCACCGGCGAAUUGCCCGGCGAGGAAGCCAUUACCGGAAAAUCUAAACUAUCCUUCGCUCGUGGCAAUGUUCCCGGCGUCUUCGAGGGGAUCGUCGACGAAGAUGUUUAUUAGGACUGUGACGAACGUUGGACCUGCUAACUCGGUUUACAUCGUAAGGGUGCAGGCGCCGGCGACGGGUGUGACGGUGUCGGUGAGGCCAUCGCGGUUGGUGUUCACUGAAUCAGUGAAGAAGCGGAGCUAUGUGGUGACGGUGACGGGGGAUACUCGAAAUCUGAAAAUGGGUCCUUCCGGGGCGUUAUUCGGGUCGCUUUCGUGGACGGAUGGAAAGCACGUGGUUCGGAGCCCCAUCGUCCUUACUCAAAUAGAACCGUUAUAAAGCGCUUUCGGUCAUUGUCGCUUUGAUCGAUGCUCACUCGGGAGUGUCACUUCCGUAACUUGUUCUUGUUCCUGUUCCCACCAAUAGACACAAUAGAGAUUCCUCUUAUUUCUUAAGCUUUUUUUUCUUUUUUAUUAUUAUUUUAAUUAGGUAUGUGUGUAACCCCUUUGUUAAAACGAUUACAACUACGGAGGAGGUGUAGUUCUGUUGUUUCACUCCUUUUUUAUUUUUUUUGAUAAGAUAAUGUUUCGGGUUUGCUAUAGCUCUAUAAUGUAUUUGUAGGCAUGUAGAUGUCUAUUUAUACCGGAAAAAAAAAGAAAAUUGUGGCAUGAAUUUUAAUUGUGUCUCAAUAGAGCACGAGUCAUCUUGCUUCUGCUGUU